AUGCAGAUCUGAUGUUACAGUAGCAUCUGUGAAAUGCGAGGCCCGCGCAUGGGGCCUGGGUGUACAAGGCUCGUUCAUCCAGAGCCGUAUUCUAACAUUUGUGUGUUCAGCAAUAGCACUGAGGUUGUCUAGCCUAGGACAUCUAAGAAACUUACUAAAAAUAAAUUUUAAAAAUUAUGUAUAUAUAAAUUUAUAAAUUAUAGAAACUCAUUUGUGCAUUUCCGUGUCACGUGAUCGUACUCACGUGCGUCCUGUAGGAUGACAAGCUUUUUGGCUCAUUUCUUGAAGUGCGUUCUUCCUAACAUUAUAAGCGUCGUGUCGGCCUUCGUCGCCUUCGUCUGCAUCGCAGCAAUUCUCCUCGGCGGAGCGUACGACGACGCGAAGAAGGAGUGGGAACGCGAAACGAAAGAGAAGCAGAUUCCGGCCUGCGGGUCACGUGACAAGUGUGCCACCGACACACAGGAAAACGACUUGAAAUACGCAGCGGACGAUAGUGAGGGCAACGGUUACGACGAGUUGAACUUUGGUGAUGCAGACGGAGUCCUGCCAGAUGACGUUGGAGAUUUGUAUCUGGCUGGAGAAGCAUUGGACCCUGGAAGCAUUGAGGUUGUGGAAGAAGAUUUUACCGAAUGGGAUAUUCGCAAGUCAGUCGAACUAAUGGAUGAUGCAUUAGCGGAAUCGGAUCGUGAGCUGAUGAAAUUCUUGGACGAGCAGCAGCAACGCAAAUCGCUCAUACAGCAGACGAAAGACCUUGAACAAAAGAUUGCAGACAUGAAGAAAGAGCAUGAAGACAAAGUGAAAUUGAUAAAGAAAAAGCGACAGCAACUAAAUGAUCUAAUGAAACAACAACAGCAGCAACAGCCCAAGAAGAAACCGAAACGAAAACCUGGAGCAAGACUGAGUGGAGUACCUCGUGGUUGAUUCUCAACUUUCUCUUUCUGUCUAUCAAAGCACAGAUUAAUCCUACAGUCAGUACUAAUUUACAGAAGUCUAGAUUUCAUUCGAUUGAUUUUGUGCUUCGAUUUCUGCACGUCUUGCUACGCUCGAGUUUAGUCGUAUUUUAUUUAUUUGACAAGAAGUUGGAGGUUCUCA